UGGGGAGGUCUAGGACUCCCGCGAGUGUCAUGUGCACGCAGGGAGGUAUGGGAAUCCCGCAAUUAUCAUGUGCACUAGGAGGUGUGGGAGUUUUGUGAGAGUUAAGUGUGUGUAGGGAGGUAUGGGAAUCCCGCAAUUAUCAUGUGCACCAGGAGGUGUGGGAGUUUUGUGAGAGUUAAGUGUGUGUAGGGAGGUGUGGGAGCCUGCAAGAUUCACAUGCACAUGGGGAGGUCUAAUAGUUCCGUAGGGGUUGCGCACAUGCGUGGAAGUCCGGGAGUUCCGCAGUUGUCGCUUACAGGAGGUUGAAGAGUCCCACGACAGUCACAUGCGAGUGGAGAGAGGUCCGAAAGUCCUGUGGGGGUUGUGCAUGCGCGAGAGUUCUGCAAGUCCCGCAUGAGUUGGGCACGUAAGGAGUCUGGGAGUCCGCGGGAGUUGAGCACACACAAGGAGUUCUAAGAGUCUCGUAGGAGUUGCAUGUGCAUAGGGAGUUUGGGAGUCUACAGGGGUUGUACAUGAAGAGAGUUUGAAAUCCACCGUCAUUUUAAGAAAAAUAUGAUAAGAAUUUUGAAUUUUGAAUUUUGAAUUUUAGAUUAUUAAAUUUUUUUGGGAGUCUUAGGGGAGUAGUGCACGCAGGGACAUUCUGGGGGUUGCGCAUGUGGAGAGUUUUGGGAGUCUCGCAAAGACACGUAUGGGGGAGUCUAGGAGUUACGUGGAGUUGCGCAUGUGCAAGGAGUCUAGGAGUUCAAUUGGAGUUGUGCACUCAAAAGAGAUUUUUUUUUUUUUCAAAUUCAUGAAUAUUUUUCUGAAAUCCACAAUCUUUUAUUUUAUUUUAUUUUAUUUUAUUUUAAAUAAGAUGAAAGAUAUUUUUAAAAAUUUGAAUUUUAGAUGUGGAAUUUUUUAAGUUUUUAAAUAUGCAAGUCUUGCGAGUAAAUGUAGAUGCUGGGAGUGCGAGUUUCGUGGAGUUGUGCGCUUGUCUCCUGCAAGGUGUGCAUUACGGGGAUUGCGGGUCCUAUUGAGAUUGCAGACACAAGGAAAGAGUCCUAGCCAGAUUGCACGCGGAUUGUGCCCAUGGGGGAGUAUAUGCAUCCCGCGGGGUUUGCACGCAGGGAAGAUUACUACACUUCCUGCAGGAAAUAUACCUUUUUUUUUAUGUCAAUAAAUGGCAACACUAAGUGAUAUAGCAGUUGCAGCGACAAUCAACAUACUAACGGCAUGUGCAUUUUUUGUGGCAUUUGCUGUACUUCGUAUUCAACCUCUUAAUGAUAGGGUUUACUUUCCCAAAUGGUAUUUGAAGGGCUUAAGAAGCAGCCCAAUCCAUUCAGGUGCAUUUGUCCAGAAGUUUGUCAAUUUGGACUUUCGAUCGUAUAUGCGAUUUUUAAGUUGGAUGCCAGCUGCAUUGCAAAUGCCAGAACCUGAGCUUGUUGACCAUGCUGGAUUGGAUUCAGCUGUUUACUUGAGGAUUUACUUGACAGGACUUAAAAUCUUUGUUCCUAUCACAUGUCUUGCUUUUACAAUCAUGGUACCAGUUAACUGGACCAACAGAACUCUAGAGCAUUCUAACUUAACAUACAGCAAUAUUGACAAGCUUUCUAUUUCAAAUAUUCCAACUGGAUCACAUAGAUUCUGGACCCAUUUGGUUAUGGCUUAUGCCUUUACUUUCUGGACAUGCUAUGUGCUAAAAAGAGAAUAUGAGAUUGUUGCAUCAAUGAGGUUACAUUUUCUUGCUUCAGAACAACGGCGCCCAGAUCAAUUUACAGUGCUUGUCAGAAAUGUGCCGGUAGAUCCUCAUGAAUCAGUUAGUCAGCUUGUGGAGCAUUUUUUUCUGGUGAACCAUCCUAAUGACUACCUCACCCACCAGGUUGUAUAUAAUGCAAAUGAAGUAACUACAUUAGUAAAUGAGAAGAAAAAAAUGCGCAAUUGGCUUGACUUCUAUCAACUUAAAUAUUCUCGAGACGAAUCUAAGAGGCCAUCUUUGAAGACUGGUUUUCUUGGCCUUUGGGGAAUUAGAGUUGAUGCAAUUGAUUUUUAUACAGCCAAGAUUGAGAGGCUAUCAAGAAAAAUAAACAGAGAAAGAGAUAAGAUUAUGAGCAACCAUAAAUCUAUCAUGCCAGCAGCUUUUGUUUCCUUCAAAAAUCGAUGGGGUGCUGCCGUUUCUGCACAAACUCAAUUAUAUAGAAAUCCAACCAUUUGGAUAACUGAGUGGGCUCCAGAGCCCCGUGAUGUAUAUUGGGAUAACCUGGCAAUUCCAUAUGUUUUGCUCACAGUUAGAAGGCUAAUCAUUGCCGUUGCAUUCUUCUUCCUCACCUUCUUUUUCAUGAUUCCCAUUGCAUUUGUACAGUCCCUUGCAAACAUCGAAGGAAUUGAGAAAGCUGUGCCUUUUCUGAAGCCCAUAAUUGAAAUAAAAGUCGUCAAGUCAUUCAUCCAAGGUUUUCUUCCAGGAAUUGCUUUGAAGAUUUUUCUUUUAUUCCUUCCUACAAUAUUGAUGUUAAUGUCAAAAUUUGAAGGAUUUAUCUCAAUGUCAGCUUUAGAGAGGAGAUCUGCAACUAGAUAUUAUAUUUUCCAAUUUAUUAAUGUGUUCCUUGGGAGCAUAAUCACUGGAACUGCAUUUCAACAGCUGAAUAAUUUCAUCCAUCAGUCUGCAAAUGAGAUACCAAAGACAAUUGGAGUCUCAAUACCAAUGAAGGCAACUUUCUUUAUAACAUAUAUAAUGGUGGAUGGAUGGGCUGGUAUUGCUGGGGAGAUUUUAAGGUUGAAACCUUUGAUAAUAUAUCACUUAAAAAAUUUCUUCUUGGUGAAGACUGAAAAGGAUAGGGAAGAGGCUAUGGAUCCAGGAAGCCUUGGUUUCAACACAGGAGAGCCUCAAAUACAACUUUAUUUCUUACUUGGUCUUGUAUAUGCUGUGGUUACUCCCAUUCUACUCCCUUUCAUUAUAAUAUUCUUCAGCCUGGCAUAUGUUGUCUUUCGUCAUCAGAUUAUAAAUGUCUACAAUCAGGAAUAUGAAAGUGCUGCAGCAUUCUGGCCUGAUGUCCAUGGGCGAAUUGUAGCUGCCUUAAUAGUCUCCCAGUUGCUUCUAAUGGGAUUGUUGAGUACAAAAGAGGCUUCCCAGUCAACCCCCUUGCUCAUCAUGCUCCCAGUACUUACAAUAUGGUUUCAUAGAUUUUGCAAAGCCUGUUAUGAGCCAGCUUUUGUAAGAUACCCAUUGCAGGAAGCAAUGAUGAAAGAUACAUUGGAACGUGCAAGAGAGCCAUACCUGAACCUGAAAGAUUACCUCCAAAAUGCUUAUGUCCACCCAGUAUUCAAGGGUGGAGAGGAUAGCGAGAGUGACACAGCUUUGGAAGACUCUGAGGAGGAACCUCCACUUGUCCCCACAAAGCGACAGUCACGAAAGAACACGCCAUUGCCCAGCAAAGGAAGUGGUUCACUGUCACCUUCCUUCCGGGCUUAAACUUUAGCUGCCUUCUAGUUGUUAUUACGAUUUGUCCUUCGCCAAUGCAGGGUUGUACAGAUUGCAUUGUAAAUUAGAGAGCUGCAGGAUGUAGAGGAAAAUUGACAGGGGAACAGAUAAGUUUUAUAUGAGAGAGAGAGAGAGAGAGGAGAUGCAGUCAUUGGUUUUGGUGGUGUGGUUGCAGGAAAUCAGUUGAAAACAAUGCCUGCAAGUAGUUAUAUAACUUAUAUUCAGCAGGAGAAACAAAGGUGUAGAGGCUAGACUUUGUAUGUCACUUACUCUACACGGAAACAAGUUGAAGCUAAUGUGGCAGAACUUAUAUUUUGGCAGAACUUGAAGUCUGCAUAAA